UGGACUAGCGAGAGAAGUUGAGACAGUCAGUCUGGAGUAAGUCUCAACUACGAUGGAUUCAGUACCCUAUUCUCUCGUGUUAAUAGUCCUGUUCUUUGGGACUAUGAUUCAAGAAAAUGAUGCCCUGCAGUGCUAUUGCCAGCGCUGUCUCAACUCUACGUGCACCACGGACGGUCUGUGCUUCGUGACGGUCAUGAAGUCUGGCAGCCGGCUCACCACCGAGCGCAGCAUGUGCGUGCACGAGAGCGAACUGAUCCCCCGCGACCGCCCCUUCAUCUGCGCGCCCUCCACCAAGGACGACACAGGCAUCUACCCAAUGUGCUGCGCCUCCGACUGGUGCAACAAGAACCCCAACCUCAGCGUCUUCCCAGUGCCGACGGUGAAGCCGGUUCCUCUGGGGCCUGUGGUUCUGGCGGCAGUGAUCGCGGGGCCCGUGUGCGUGCUGUGCUUCGUGCUGGUGCUGGUCUUCUACGUUUGCCACAGCCGUGUGGGUGUGCAUCAACGCGUGCCCAACGAGGAGGAUCCCUCCAUGGAUCACCCCUUCCUCACCGUGGGUUCCACUCUCAAAGACCUCAUCUACGACAUGACCACCUCUGGCUCCGGCUCUGGUCUGCCCCUACUGGUACAGAGGACCAUAGCCCGGACCAUCAUCCUCCAGGAGAGCAUCGGGAAGGGCCGCUUCGGCGAGGUGUGGCGGGGCAAGUGGCGAGGCGAGGAGGUGGCGGUCAAGAUUUUCUCCUCCCGUGAGGAACGUUCGUGGUUCCGUGAGGCCGAGAUCUACCAGACGGUCAUGCUGCGUCACGAAAACAUCCUGGGCUUUAUCGCCGCCGACAACAAAGAUAACGGGACAUGGACCCAGCUGUGGCUGGUGUCAGACUACCACGAGCACGGCUCUCUGUUUGACUAUCUGAACCGCUACACAGUCACCGUGGAGGGCAUGAUCAAACUGUCACUGUCCACCGCCAGCGGUCUGGCCCACCUCCACAUGGAGAUCGUUGGCACGCAAGGGAAGCCGGCCAUCGCCCACAGGGAUCUGAAAUCUAAGAACAUCCUGGUGAAGAAGAACGGGACUUGCUGCAUUGCCGACCUGGGCUUGGCCGUGCGCCACGACUCCGCCACCGACACCAUCGACAUCGCCCCCAACCACAGAGUAGGGACCAAAAGGUAUAUGGCACCAGAGGUGCUAGACGACUCGAUAAACAUGAAGCAUUUUGAGUCGUUUAAGAGGGCAGAUAUCUACGCCAUGGGCUUGGUGUUCUGGGAGAUAGCCAGUCGAUGCUCUCUGGCAGGCAUCGUUGAAGACUACCAGCUGCCAUACCAUGACCUGGUGCAGUCAGACCCUUCUGUGGAGGAGAUGAGGCGGGUGGUGUGUGAUCAGAAGCUACGACCCAACAUUCCAAACAGGUGGCAGAGUUGUGAGGCUCUGCGGGUGAUGGCUAAGAUCAUGAGGGAGUGCUGGUACGCCAACGGAGCCGCCCGCCUCACAGCGCUGCGCAUCAAGAAGACCCUGUCCCAGCUCAGCCAAUCAGAGGGCAUCAAGAUGUAGACAUUUCCGUUAGUCUUAUUAUAUUAUUCUGAAUAUUAUUAUUUUCAUCGUCAUCAUUGGUUCUCUUCGGGCUGCUCCUCCUCUUGGUUUGAAAGGGGAGGUGAUGCAGCGUGGUGAAGUUUUACUGAUACCCCCUAACCCCUCUCUAAACGCGGUCAUCCUUAUAUUUGUCGCUGUGCCGACCGGCGUGAUUUUAUGUCUCUCAGAGGUGGAUGGAUCUGAUGGAGGGAUGUUGUCAGAGAGUGUGAUUUUUUUUGGUGGGAGAGAAGUGGUAUAGCUGGGUGCUAAAGCUGUCCCCACUACACACCACCACCAACCUGUGUCAGUUCAGACACCAACUCCCUGUACUCACGAUUGGUGGGAUCUCCUCACCCAGUGCUCGUGAAGGACCUACAACAGUGAUUACAGACAGCCGUAGUCCCGCCCUGCCACAGACCCAUCUGCAAACCGGAGGAAAGGAUCGUCAAAACACCACCCAGAAACCCCCAGGUUUCAUGACUGCUGGUCGUAACAUUCAGGUGUCAAUGCCUCCAUUCAAACAACAAGUGUUACAUUCUGUCACUGGCUGUGGUGGCUCGGACUCAACGAGAGAAAAAGACUGAAGCAACAAACUUUAGUUUUAUUUAGGACCAUCUGGUACUUGUUAAAAAUCGUUUUAUUGUAGUUAUUUGUGUGUGUUUCCAUGGAGAGGUGCUGUGGACUCGUGUCCAGAGCAUGUCGCACCGUGUGUUUCCAUGGAGAGGUGCUGUGGACUCGUGUCCAGAGCAUGUCGCACCGUGUGUUUCCAUGGAGAGGUGCUGUGGACUCGUGUCCAGAGCAUGUCGCACCGUGUGUUUCCAUGGAGAGGUGCUGUGGACUCGUGUCCAGAGCAUGUCGCACCGUGUGUUUCCAUGGAGAGGUGCUGUGGACUCGUGUCCAGAGCAUGUCGCACCGUGUGUUUCCAUGGAGAGGUGCUGUGGACUCGUGUCCAGAGCAUGUCGCACCGUGUGUUUCCAUGGAGAGGUGCUGUGGACUCGUGUCCAGAGCAUGUCGCACCGUGUGUUUCCAUGGAGAGGUGCUGUGGACUCGUGUCCAGAGCAUGUCGCACCGUGUGUUUCCAUGGAGAGGUGCUGUGGACUCGUGUCCAGAGCAUGUCGCACCGUGUGUUUCCAUGGAGAGGUGCUGUGGACUCGUGUCCAGAGCAUGUCGCACCGUGUGUUUCCAUGGAGAGGUGCUGUGGACUCGUGUCCAGAGCAUGUCGCACCGUGUGUUUCCAUGGAGAGGUGCUGUGGUUUCUUCCUCUUUUCUCCAUGUAUCACUGUACCGAGGGACUACAGGUCUGUUUAACUGUACCGAGGGACUACAGGUCUGUUUAACUUAUUUGCUUAGAUUGUUUGCACAAAAAAAAAAAACUGGACAUGACCUCAUUCAGUCUCCAACCAACUGGACAUGACCUCAUUCAGUCUCCAACCAACUGGACAUGACCUCAUUCAGUCUCCAACCAACUGGACAUGACCUCAUUCAGUCUCCAACCAACUGGACAUGACCUCAUUCAGUCUCCAACCAACUGGACAUGACCUCAUUCAGUCUCCAACCAACUGGACAUGACCUCAUUCAGUCUCCAACCAACUGGACAUGACCUCAUUCAGUCUCCAACCAACUGGACAUGACCUCAUUCAGUCUCCAACCAACUGGACAUGACCUCAUUCAGUCUCCAACCAACUGGACAUGACCUCAUUCAGUCUCCAACCAACUGGACAUGACCUCAUUCAGUCUCCAACCAACUGGACAUGACCUCAUUCAGUCUCCAACCAACUGGACAUGACCUCAUUCAGUCUCCAACCAACUGGACAUGACCUCAUUCAGUCUCCAACCAACUGGACAUGACCUCAUUCAGUCUCCAACCAACUGGACAUGACCUCAUUCAGUCUCCAACCAACUGGACAUGACCUCAUUCAGUCUCCAACCAACUGGACAUGACCUCAUUCAGUCUCCAACCAACUGGACAUGACCUCAUUCAGUCUCCAACCAACUGGACAUGACCUCAUUCAGUCUCCAACCAACCGGACAUGACCUCAUUCAGUCUCCAAACAGCCGGACAUGACCUCAUUCAGUCUCCAAACAGCCGGACAUGACCUCAUUCAGUCUCCAAACAGCCGGACA